CGGUAGGUAGCAGGUGCCGAGCAGGCCGGGCCAAGGCGAGGAGCUUCUAGAAGGGGGGCGUUUUUGUCCCGCUGACCGCAGGCCUCCAAGCUUUCGCUCCGUGGGGCCGCGGAGAGGCGGGGCCCAGACCAGCGUCCUCCUAGCUCUGGCCUGCCCUGGAGGUGCUGGACAGGCCAGCGUGAGGGGCGGGGAAGCCGAAAGGGGGGCGCUAACUGUCAAACCUCGACGCUUGGCGCCAUUAUUUAAAUAGUACGUGCCUGUCUGGCCGCCGUGCGUGCCCGGGGCGGGGCUCCGAGCGCCCGGAGCGGGGAGGAGGCCGGGGGCGGGCCGGGCAGGCGGAGGGGCGGGCCGGGGCGGGGCCAGGCCGGCCGGAGGGGAGGGCCCAGCGGCGGCCCCCGGCGAGGUUCACUGCGCUUGCGCUGAUAGACGCAAGAUGGCGGACAGUGCGGAACUAAAGCAAAUGGUUAUGAGCCUUAGAGUUUCUGAACUCCAAGUACUGUUGGGCUACGCUGGGAGAAACAAGCACGGACGCAAACACGAACUUCUCACGAAAGCCCUGCAUUUGCUGAAGGCUGGCUGUAGUCCUGCUGUACAAAUGAAAAUCAAAGAACUCUAUAGGCGGCGGUUCCCCCAGAAAAUCAUGACGCCUGCGGACUUAUCCAUCCCCAAUGUACAUUCAAAUCCUAUGCCAGCAACUUUGUCUCCAUCUACCAUUCCACAGCUCACUUACGAUGGUCACCCUGCAUCAUCACCAUUACUCCCCGUUUCUCUUCUGGGACCUAAACAUGAACUGGAACUCCCACAUCUUACAUCAGCUCUCCACCCAGUCCAUCCGGAUAUAAAACUUCAAAAAUUGCCAUUUUAUGAUUUACUGGAUGAACUGAUAAAACCCACCAGUCUAGCAUCAGACAACAGUCAGCGCUUCCGAGAAACCUGUUUUGCGUUUGCAUUGACACCGCAGCAAGUGCAGCAGAUCAGUAGUUCCAUGGAUAUUUCCGGGACCAAAUGUGACUUCACAGUGCAGGUCCAGUUAAGGUUUUGUUUAUCAGAAACCAGCUGCCCACAAGAGGAUCACUUCCCACCUAAUCUUUGUGUGAAAGUGAAUACGAAACCUUGUAGCCUUCCAGGUUAUCUUCCACCUACUAAAAAUGGUGUGGAACCAAAGCGACCCAGCCGGCCAAUUAACAUAACUUCACUUGUCCGAUUGUCCACAACAGUACCAAACACCAUUGUUGUCUCUUGGACUGCAGAAAUUGGAAGAACCUAUUCCAUGGCAGUAUAUCUUGUAAAACAGUUGUCCUCAACAGUUCUUCUUCAGAGGUUACGAGCAAAGGGAAUAAGGAAUCCGGAUCAUUCUAGAGCUUUAAUAAAAGAGAAAUUGACUGCAGAUCCAGACAGUGAAAUAGCUACGACCAGCCUGAGGGUGUCCCUGCUGUGCCCACUUGGUAAAAUGCGGCUGACGAUUCCAUGCCGGGCCCUUACCUGUUCCCACCUGCAGUGCUUUGAUGCAACUCUUUACAUUCAGAUGAAUGAGAAAAAACCAACCUGGGUCUGUCCUGUCUGUGAUAAGAAGGCUCCGUAUGAACACCUUAUUAUUGAUGGCUUAUUUAUGGAAAUCCUAAAAUACUGUACAGACUGUGACGAAAUACAGUUUAAGGAGGAUGGCUCUUGGGCACCCAUGAGAUCGAAAAAGGAAGUGCAGGAAGUUUCUGCGUCCUACAAUGGCGUUGAUGGAUGCCUGACCUCUACGCUGGAGCAUCAGGUCACUUCUCACCACUCGUCCUCAAAUAAAAACAAGAAGGUGGAGGUGAUUGACCUAACCAUCGACAGUUCCUCUGAUGAAGAGGAGGACGAACCACCUGCCAAGAGGGCUUGUCCUUCUCUUUCUCCCACAUCACCACUAAAUAAUAAAGGCAUUUUAAGUCUUCCACAUCAAGCAUCUCCAGUAUCCCGCACCCCCAGCCUUCCUGCUGUAGACACAAGCUACAUCAAUACUUCCCUCAUCCAAGACUACAGGCAUCCUUUCCACAUGACACCCAUGCCUUACGACUUACAAGGAUUAGAUUUCUUUCCUUUCUUAUCAGGAGACAAUCAGCAUUACAACACCUCCCUGCUGGCCGCCGCCGCCGCCGCCGUCUCAGACGAUCAGGACCUCCUGCACUCGUCGAGGUUUUUUCCGUACGCCUCCUCGCAGAUGUUUCUCGAUCAGUUAAGUGCAGGAGGCAGCACUUCUCUGCCCACCACCAACGGGAGCAGCAGUGGCAGCAACAGCAGCCUCGUGUCCUCCAACAGCCUAAGGGAGAGCCACAGCCACACGGUGGCCAGCAGGAGCGGCACGGACACAGCGUCCAUCUUCGGCAUCAUCCCGGACAUUAUCUCGUUGGACUGAGCCCCGGCUCUGCCAUGGCCGUCUGCAGCCCGGAGCCGAUGAACUCGGCAGAAAGAAGAGAACUUCGUGCUCUGUUUUACCUUAUUCUGUUUAGAAAAGUACACAAGCGUGGUUUUUUUUUUUCCUUUUUUUAGGGAAAAAAAUUAAAAAGAAAUGUACAGAGAACAAAACUAUAUUUUCAGUUUUACUUUUGUAUAUAAAUCUAAGACUGCCUGUCUGAUAAACACUUAUUAAAAAAAAAGAAAAGAGAAAAAACAA